AACAAUAUAAAGUUGGCAUAAAACAUGGUUAAUUAAAUAGUUUAAUAAUCAAUAAUCUGUUGAAUUUGUGAAGAUUCACAAGAAAGAGAAUCAAUAUUGCACAUUUCAAAUAACAGAAGGUUCAAUAAGCAUAUCUAAAUAACACAAGGAUCAACACUAAAAUUUUCACUAUAACACAAAUUUCCACAAGAAAAUCAAGAUCUCUGAAAUUUCAGAGCUUGUUAGAACUUAGGAACCUAUGAAAGCUCAUCACACUAGGCCACUAGAUCAGCUAUUUAAACCCCAUAGACGUAACACAUUUUCAAGUUUAACUUCAAACAAAAAAAAAAAAAUGAGCUUCCUCAAAUUCUUCCCCUUUUUGGUCUUCCUUUACUUUGGCCAAUACUUCUUGUCAGUUACUCAUGCUGCCACUUUUGACAUUAUCAAUCGGUGCACCUACACAGUCUGGGCCGCUGCCUCACCUGGUGGAGGCAAGCAGCUCAACUCGGGCGAUUCUUGGAACCUUAAUGUGAAUCCAGGAACAGUUCAGGCUCGCAUUUGGGGCCGAACCAAUUGUAACUUUGAUGGUAGUGGCCGAGGCAGAUGCGAGACUGGAGACUGUAAUGGGCUACUAGAAUGUCAAGGCUAUGGAAGUCCACCCAACACUUUAGCUGAAUUUGCACUUAACCAGCCCAAUAACUUGGACUAUGUAGAUAUUUCUUUAGUCGAUGGUUUCAACGUUCCUAUGGAAUUCAGUCCAACCAAUGGUGCAUGUCGUAAUCUCAUAUGCAACGCACCUAUUAACGAGCAAUGUCCAAGCCAAUUACAGACACAGGGUGGAUGUAACAACCCGUGCACGGUUUUCAAGACCAAUGAAUAUUGUUGUACAAAUGGACCUGGAUCAUGUGGACCUACUGAUUUGUCGAAGUUUUUCAAGCAAAGGUGCCCAGAUGCUUAUAGUUAUCCACAGGAUGAUCCAACUAGUCUGUUUACAUGUCCUUCUGGUACAAAUUACAGGGUUGUCUUCUGUCCUUGAAGGCUGCAAUAUUAAAAAUAUAGUACUAAGAAAUAAGAACUAUCGAAUAAAAAGAGAGUGACAAAGAGGUAAGAACUGGUGGGUUGUCUUGUUCAAUGUUUGUUGAGAAAUAAAGAAUAUAUAUAUAUAUAUAUAUAAAAUGCUCUUUCAUUUCCUUAAGGUCUAUUAUAAAAUAUGUAAUGGUAUUUAUUUGUGGAUUUUCUCCAUGUAAUGUAGGCUUCUGCUUUUAUUA